GUGCCUCUGAGUCUGAGUCUAGGCUCUAGCCAUGGGCUCUGCAGACUACAGGCUCUAGCACAACUUUGUGCCAUUCUACCAAGUUGAACUUGAAGCAAGGAGAAACGACAUACGAAAAUUUUGGCGCUGAGUGGUUGUAAGCCAUCCAAACUACGGUACCUGAAAAGCCCUCAUGUAGAAAAGCAUCAUUUCUGCACCGGGCCACUUUCAGUGUGCUGAAAGCUGGCGAGAGUCCACCUGUCAUAUGUGGAGGAUGGAUUCAGGGGCGGGGCAAGAACUGGCUGCCCUCACGGUGGUUGCAGGAAGCGCAAUGCUGGCAGCUGAGAGUGGCCAUGGUGGUAAUGUACACGGUAAAGAUGAGGGUCAGAAUGUGGCUCCCGUUGGCGAGCCAGAAGGUGGUAAUGCAAAUAAUGUAGAGAGGACGGCAGGAAACGCACCGCAGUGGAAGGUAAAUGAGGGGGCACACUCAAGGGAAGGUUUGCAUGGGGCCAGCAGCAGGAGUGUGGAGGAAAACAACGGGGGGUCAAAGGCAAUGCUCCAAGGAGACCAUGUUGAAAGUGUUCCUGUAGACGGGGGUGCUGAAAAGCUGGCGAUGGAGGGUGGUGUGGUCAGUACUGCACCGUCAAAUGUGAAACUAGAGGCGGAUUUGGCACCUGUGGCGAAUGCUGAAACCAGCAUUCAAGUUAGUGUCGGUGAGAAGGACGAGGUAAUGGAAGAAAAAAAGGUGGUGGAUGACAAAGAGAACCAGGUAAAGAAAGAGGAACAGAGCGAUGAGGAAGAAAGUGACGAAGAAGAGAGUGAGGAAGAGGAAAGCGAGGAAGAAGCAGAAGCGGAGACUGAUUCGAGCAGUGCGCCGAGCAGCAGUGAUGAGGAGGAGGAGGAAGAGGAGAGCAACAAGGUGACGGGGGACGAUGUGGGGAUGAAGGCGUCUCGGGAGUUGCAAGAGGAGGACUUAGAGGAGCUGAUGGAAGGGAAGAAGAAGGCACCGGAGCCAGAAGAGGUUCUUCCCCCAGUGGCUCCCGUCGAGGUCACGCUGUCGGAGGGGCAGGAGCUCGUACAUGUGGGACCCGUCUUUUCGAUGGUGGGUCGUCUCUUAGUGGUCCAGGCAACCGGCAAGCAGCGGGUGCUGGACGAGGGAAGCAUCCUGUGGCGCAUGGAUACACGAGAACCACUCGGACGGGUGGACGACCUCUUUGGGCCCGUCACGGCACCCCUAUACUCGGUGCGCUUCAACAACGAAGCCGAGGUGCCCGCGGGUACUGCCGCGGGCACGGAGGUUGGCUAUGCGGAGGAGCAUGCAAUUUUCCUGCUGAACGAUGCGGAGCUGCACAGAAAGGGCUAUGACGUGGACGAGGCGGAUGCAGAUGCGGAGGAGGAGUUCUCCGACGACGAGGCGGAAGCCGAGGCGAAGCGGAAACGGAAAGAGAAGAGGCGGCGUGAUGUUCCCCCCAUGGCUGCUGAUGAGGCUGCAGCAGCGGCAGCAGCGAUUGGCGCAGCAGGGGAUGGGGAGCAAGCAGACAGAGGCGGGGGAGGAAGGGAGGCGACCCGUGCGUCGGUUGCUGCACAUGGUGUCGCGGGACUCGACCUCGGCAGCGCGGGCUGGGGGGGUAGGGGCCGGGGCAGAGGCCGGGGGAGGGGCCGGGGGCGAGACCAGCAGAGCGGAAAUAGUCAACAGGGGGGCUAUAGUCCGCAGGAUGCGAGGGGCAACUGGGGAGGGGGUUCCCCCGGUGGAGGAGGGGGAUCCCCCAGUACGCCCUCUGGCGGGAGGGGGAUCAAUCCCUCAGGCCGGCAAAGCCCCCUUGGCCAGCAGUCGGUUUCGCAGCAGUUUCCGGGGGGCCAGACUGGGCCCCAUCAAACGGGAGUGAAUCAAAUGGGGGUGAGCCAAAUGGGGGUGCAACAAGUAGGAGGGGUGCAACAAAUGGGGGGGGUUCCGAUGGGCGGAAACCAGAUGGGUGGGAGCAUGUUCCAACAACAGCAGCAGCAGGCCCUGUUGCAGCAGCAGUAUCAGCAGCAAAUGAUGGCUCAGCAGUUCCAAGUCCAGCACGCAAGCCCACAGCAGGGCCCCAUCUUCCAAGGGAACGCUUUUCCAUUGAACCAGGGAUCCCCCGGAUGGGCCAACGCCCCUCCAGCGUCGCCCGGCUUUUACGGGCAGCAACCGAUGAUGAACAGCCCAGGAACCUUCCCUCAGGGAAUGCACCCCAUGCAAGGAAGCCCAAUGCAGCCUGGCCCCAUGUAUGGAUUCCAGGGCCCAGGGCAAAGCCCCGGGCAGUUCAUGCCGGGGCAGUUUCAGGGGGGUAUGCAGCAGCAGCCCCCCUUUCAGCAGCCGCAAGGGGGCAUGCCACAGAACGGCGCGCAAGGUGGAAUGUUCCCCGGGCAACAGUUCGGGCAGCAAGGGCCACCGGGAGGGGGGAACGGGCAGUUCUUCCGGUGAACCCCUGGAGGGCUAGCUUAGAGCGACCGGUUCGCAAAGAUUCUCAUAAAAAGGGGUCCAGCUUGGCCCGACCCGUAUAGGCGAGGAUUAAGGUAACGGCAUGACAGGACUUUAUUUGUGUCUGUGUUUGAUGGUUAAAAGGAGUAUAAUGACUUUGAGCACCGUGACGCCCAAUUACUUAAGCAAUCGGCCAUAUCAGAUGUUGAAAUUUGCAUGCCAGCCUAUAGCGUUGGCAUACGAACU